GUCAUUGAUGUCGGCCGUCAACUUCCAGCCUCGGCAUCUCGAACCUACAUACAGCGGGGCCUAGCCGACUUUCCGAUACAACACGCAUCUCCUUUGCCGCUGUUCUCUUGCAUACUUGUGUAGUUAUAUAGUCAAUUGUCUCCUUCCUCUGACUGAUUUACUCCACACUCCUCUCCUUACUCCUCUCCUUACUCAUCUCCCUCCACAAUGUUCAAAUCCGUCGCCCGUCAGACAGCCAGACAACUUGGCUCAAGAGGCCCUGCCGCCUCAGUUGCUCGUCGCUAUGCACACGCCCCAGUAGCCUUCGAUUGGAAGGAUCCUCUCAAUGCUAGCAACAUGUUCACCGAGGAAGAGUUGGCUAUCUCAGAGACUGCCGAGUCUUACUGUCAAGAGCGCAUGCUUCCUCGUGUGCUAGACGCAUACAGAAAUGAAGACUACGACAGAAAGAUUCUUGAAGAGAUGGGAGAACUAGGACUACUGGGUGCCACGAUUGAAGGUUACGGAUGUGCUGGUGUCUCCUCAGUCGCAUCAGGUCUCAUCACUCGCGCUGUUGAGAGAGUCGACUCCGGUUACCGCUCCGGAAUGUCUGUACAGUCCUCUCUGGUCAUGGGCGGUAUCGACGAGUUUGGUUCGCAGGAGCAGAAAGACAAGUUCUUGCCUCAAUUGGCAAAGGGAAAGAUGCUUGGCUGCUUCGGCUUGACAGAGCCAAACCACGGUAGUGAUCCUGGAAGCAUGGAGACUGUCGCUAAGCCUCACCCAACCAAGAAGGGCUACUUCAGCCUGAGUGGCGCAAAGACCUGGAUCACCAACUCGCCAAUUUCAGAUCUCAUGCUCGUUUGGGCAAAGCUGCAGGAAACAGGCAAGAUCCGUGGCUUCCUGGUUGAGAGAUCAGAGUGUCCUCCAGGAACCCUGGAGACACCUGCACUGAAGCACAAGAAUGGUCUAAGAGCAUCUCUCACCGGUAUGAUUCAGUUGGAUGAGUGCCCUGUACCGGAAGCAAACAUGUUCCCUGAUAUAGAGGGAUUGAGAGGACCUUUCAGCUGUCUCAACGGUGCCCGCUAUGGUAUCGCGUGGGGCACGAUGGGCGCUCUCGAAGAUUGCAUCGCAAGGACGAGACAGUAUGCUUUGGAGAGAAAGCAAUUCAAGAACAACCCAAUCGCCAAAUACCAACUGGUACAGAAGAAGCUUUCCGAUGCAACCACAGACGCAGCGUACGGCAUUCUGGCAGCAUUGCAAGUCGGCCGCCUGAAGGACGAAGGCAAGGCUGCCCCUGAGAUGAUUUCAAUGAUCAAGAGACAGAACUGCGACAGAGCAUUGGUAAACGCACGAGUGCUGCAAGAAGUCUUUGGCGGAAACGCUGUCAGUGACGAGUAUCACAUCGGAAGACAUGUAGCAAACCUGUUUGUCACUCAGACCUAUGAGGGCCAGAGUGAUAUUCAUGCUCUCAUCCUUGGUCGUGCGAUUACUGGUAUUCAAGCUUUCUGCUAGGUGUAGAUGCACAAGGAAGGAUCUCAGCUGGAUUCGGUCGGCAGGCUGACGGAUCCGUUCAUGUUGUGUAAGAUAGCCGAAACAGACCACAAAAGAAUUAGUGUACAAAGUACGAAGACUAGUAGUGAUGAUUUGCCGCCGA